AUGACCAAGAAGCGCCGCACGGCUCGCAAUCCGACAUUGGACUGGGCUGGAAUGUUCCAGGUCCUUCGCAUCGCCUGGAUGCCCCGCCAGCACCGCGCGGAGAACACUCGCUCUGGACUCAACACGAUGGUGAUCGUUAUGCUUGGCCCUGAUCUGCAUUUGGAUUGGAGCGACCCGUUCGCCAGACCGGAAGACAAUCCGCUGUACGAGCUUGAUGUCCCCUCGACCGAUCCAGACCAUAAAAAGAAAAAUUCCGCCGCGCUGAGGGAGAAUUUGAGGCUACGCCAAUACACUGGUCCUCUAAAUACCUGGGCGACGGAAUUGGACGGUUUCCACAGGUUCGCCAUCGAGAAGGGAAGGACGCAGCUCAUCCCCCAGCUAGAGCGCGCCAACCAGCUUGAUGCCGCCCAGAAAGCUCGGGUGCUUGAAGAACGCAUCUUCGCCUCCCACUUCAACCUACCCCUAGAUUCCGAUGGGCUGAGCAAGGAAUUGAAUAUUCCCAGAGCAGAGGUC